AUGGUGGUAUUUGUUCUCACAUCUGAACUUAAGAAAGAGUUUGUACCGCUCUGUUGUCGUCUCUCAGGUUGCUAUGGUUUCUGGUGCUGCCCCUGCCUCGCCUGCACCGUCUCAGGGAGAUUUGGAGAGAACUCCUGCCUCCCUCUAUGUGACAUACUCAGCCCUGCCAUCGUGGCAUACUGGGGGAUUCCUCUGUGUGCUCCUCCUGCUGCAUUAUCUAUCAGGGCUGCCAUGAGAAACAGAUAUGGUAUCAAGGGUUCUCUCUGUAAGGACAUUGCAAUCUCCUGUUUCUGUGAUUGGUGCUCCUGGUGUCAGAUGCAUCGAGAGCUAAAAGAACGCAAGAAAACCCCGAUUGUCAUCAAUGCAACGUCUAAUACGUUUGUCAGCAUGCAGCCUCCUCCAGUGGUGAUGCAGCCUGCUCCAGUGGUGAUGCAGCCUCCUCCAGUGGUGAUGCAGCCUCCUCCAGUGGUGAUGAUGCCUGCAAAUCCACAACCAGCUUAUUAUGUGAAAUAGACAGAAGUCGUCAUGGCUUCCACCUGAGUAUUGCGGGCAUUGUGUUGUUUGUUUUCAUGGAUUUUACUCUUCAUCAGUGAAAUUCAAGUCUGUGAGCAUGUCAAGGACAUGACAAGUUCUUUCUUAAUAAUCACAAAAAUGAAGUCUAAUUUUAGCUGAUAUAAAUGAUUUCACUUUAAACUCCAGAUUUAUGCAGAUUUAUUGCAUAGUUACCAAUAAUAACCAACAUACAUUGUUUGCAUGUAUAUUUAACUUUAGUUAGAGCAUCGGGAUUUCAGUGACGUUUCGUCAGUUUACAACUAGU